CGCAGAAUACGUGAGAGAUUUACUUAUACCUGUCUUAUUAGAAGAAGGAUUCUUGGUGCCUACAGAGACAAAAAAGAGUGCCUCGGUGGCUGAUCAAACAUUAUCAAAGGAUUUGUUAGAUUUAUGGUUUGCCAUAUUAUGCAAAUUUGAUAGUGAAUGGACUAAUUUUGGCAGUGAAUUAGUACAGGGUAUGCUAGAAAAAUUGGUGAUGGAUGAAGACUUUGAUGAAAUUUUAGCGAACGUUAAUCGUGACGCCAAUCUUAUUCAAUUGACAAACUUUCCACCUGCUUCAGAUUUGAUACAGCAGCCUAAGCUAAUUCACUCAAGUUCUGGUUAUCACUUAACUCUUGUGGCGUGGAUAAGUCAUAUUCUAAAACUUCACUAUACGGGUGAUUUUGUGGCUUUUUCCGACUUGGAUCUGGACAAUGUUCUUGAAUUUUGUCUAAGAAAACCGAAUACUUGUACCAAAAUGGUAUUACAAGUUAUAAUCGAUCAUGAUGAGGAGUUGAAGACAAUUAUUACUCCUUUCAUGAAUUACAUUGUUAGCAUGCUAAAUUUCAACGAUAACUUUAAUUAUGAUAAAAAAGUUCCAAAAAUCACAGAUGAUGAUAUCAACAAGGAAAUAUUAGAGUUUCAAGAGGAGCUGAACAGUAUAAUCAAUUUGAGAGAG